AUGACAGAUGGUGUCCAUCAAAAAAUAAUAUUAUCUCGUCUUGAAAAAUUGGAAAAUUGCAAUAACACAAAUCCCCAUCCAUUGAUAGUAUUAAAUGUGGUUUUAGGAUAUGAUUACGAAAAAAUACUCAUGCGACUUACAAACAUUAUAAGAGGUUUAGGAGAUCCAUUGGUAGCUGCAUAUGCACGUUGUUAUCUUGUACGUGUGGGUCUAACUGUGACUCCAAAUAAAGAAUAUAUUUAUGAAAAUUUUAAAAAUUUUUUAAGCGUUUAUUACAUGAUAUUCAGUGGUUCAAUACGUUCUGAAAUAAAUCGGCAGCGCAUUGAUAUCAAUACAUAUUUGUCAUUGUAUGGACCAGCAUUGGAUUUUGUACUUCAAGCACUUAUACACAAAACAAAUCUUUAUGUCGAGGAUAUCAUGAGCAAAUGCAAGGAAACGAAAAAUAAUGGUCCACUCUUGAUGUCUAUCUUAAAUGCGCUCAAAUCGGAGUAUAUAGCAGCAAAUGCUAUGGAAUUUGUGAAAAUUUUGGGUAAUACAAAUACUGAUGGUACUUCAAAAGGACUAUUAUUUCGUGCAUUGGGAAAAAGUGUUUGUCGUUGUCCUCCACUACAGGAACAGCGUAUAUCUUUUUUAAAUGCUUCAUUUCAUACUAUUAAUACCUUUACUGAUCCCAAAGAGUAUAUAAAUUGUGUUGAAGCUUGGGCACAAUUUGUAGCUGAGAACUUCUCCGUCACAGAGGUCAAUAUUUUUCUGGGCAAUAUCAAUACACGCAUGAGUAUAGGUAAAGCUUAUGAAAAACAUUAUCCACAAUUGCAGAAUAUACUCGAUAAAAUAAUGCAAAAUUAUAAGGAUAUUGAGUUGCUACUUAUACAGGAACAUUUCUUACCAUACUUGGACUUGUUUCAUAAAGAAUCUGUUAAGAUUGAAGUUUGUAAAAAUAUUCUUACAAUUUUUAAGCGCAAUAGUAGAGACUACACUUCCGAUGCUAUAGUAACUAAUUCACUAAUGUAUAUUGGCAAAAUACUGAAUGACUAUGUAACUGCAUUGACUGUAGAGGAUGAAAGACGCCAAAUAGCUAACCUGAUCAGUAGUUUUAUACGGAAGGUUAAUUUUGGACAUGAUUUUGAGCAACAAUUAAGUUUUUAUGUAGAAGCUCGAGGCGCUUUUCCAAACCUUGACGCUGUUUAUUCUACUCUAGUGCAUGCAGUCAACAAAUUGGCAAUUGAAACUAGACAAAUCGUUAAAGGACAACACACACGGAAAACUGCUGCUUUUGUUAAAGCCUGUGCUGCUUUCUGCUUCAUUACCAUACCCAGUAUCACAGCAAUCAAUGUACAAAUGGAUUUAUAUUUAUUAAGUGGACAAAUUGCAUUGUUGAAUCUCUGUUUAGGACAAGCUGAUGCUUGUUUUGAAGCUGCUUUACUACUUGUAUCUGAACUGCCAAGAUCUGUUGAAAUUGAAGGCAAAGUUAAGAGCCUAGAAACAUAUUUGGUGUCAUAUAUGUGCAAUAUGUUAGCUACUUUAGUAGUUGUGCCCGAUAGUCCAGAACAAGGUGUUCUAUACCUUUUUCGCUUACUAUUAGAUGUACUAAAUAAAUUUCCAUUUGAACUUCAAAGUUCUGGACCGACCACUGUAUAUUUACAUGCAUUAGAUCUACUUUAUGUGCAGAGUUUGGAGGAAUUUCCAUAUCACAUUCCAAAUGUUAUUUCCAAUGAUGAGCUCUACGGAAAUGAUCCAAAAUUCGUAAAUGAAGUGAAUAUUAUGUGCUCGCAAGUUGUGGAAUAUAUAUUAAAUAACUUAAAGUCGCUCGGUGCUGCUCAGCAAUUCCGAACUCAAGCAACAUUAGCUUUGGAACUUUUUUUACGUAUAAUACGCUUUGCUGAUCUAAGUAAAGAAAAGACUUUUCAACUUGCUAUCAAUCUGUGGCUCCUUGCAGUUAAACUGGAAAGCCAUUUAGAUGCUAAGUUAAUAAGCCGUACUAUUAAGAGUGUCGAAGAAACUUACAGACUUAUUAAGGAUUCCAAUGCUCUACGUGCUCAAGGUUUAGCUCAAGUAUUAAUACGUAUUCGCAAUAAAUAAAUAAUAUGAAAUUUCUAUUAAUAUAUAUAAUAUACAAUAUACAAUGGAA